CAGAGAAGGCUAUUGCUAUUUAACGCAACAGUUUUGGAAAAUGCGAUUGACAUUUUAUUUGGUACAAUGAAAAAUUAAACGAAACAAAUAUUUUUGUGUGCACUAUGUCAUCACGCACUGAUUUGUAUCUGGAACGAGUCCGUUUGGUGACAACACUAGUGCUGGUUAAAUUGCGCAUAUUUUCUACAUGUGGAUUUUAGAAUAUUGUCAUGAAAAUCUGCCGCCAAUUGGAUGGAAACCUAGCUACUCAUGGUGGGUGGAUCAUGUAUAGGUUUCAUUCAGUGGUUGUGAAGUAGGCUUUGCUACAGAUGAGGCUAUGAGAGCAUCAUCAAACAUUGCUUGAAGCCUCCAGUAAAAACUGGUCUGCCCUUCAACGAUUCAGCUGCAGAACAUAUUUUUUUGCACUCAAACAAAACGCAUGCGCAUGGAGCAAACGAAUUGCAACACAGUGCAGACGGUUGUGAUUGAGGCAAGAAUCACCUGUAUUCUGGCAUUCAUGGUGACACAGUGAGUACAGUUACAUUGGGAUUUCCGCUUUGAAAUAUAAUUGAAUGCUAAAAUUUGAAUUAGAUUCAGCAAUCUUAAUGGAAAAUGAUGGACAACUAGAUAAUUAUUGCCAGCAUGGUUUCUUGACAAUCUCGUUCUAUCUUUUGGAAAUAGCUACCGAAUUGAAUGGUCAUGUAUUUAUUUAUUGCUGCUGUAGUCAUAAUUUGCAUCAGAUCAUUAGAUGCCAUAUUCUCCAUCUUGAAAGAAAAAUACACCUUAUGCGUUAUUAUACUGUCAGCAUACAGUAUUUCGUUUUAAAUAUUCUCAAUGUUGAUUAACCUAAUAAAUGGUCAAAACAAAACAAAAGCGCUCUAACCCCAAGUCUCCAUCUCUGUUGUAUCUGAGGAUGCUUGGAUGGAGGCAGCAACGCCUCGUCUUUCUCAUCCCAUGCAUUUCUCACCCCAGAGCGCGUUAAAAUGAUUUGAUCCUGCGAAUGUUAGGCUUGGUAAUAGGCGUUUAAUAGCUUAGAUAUAGCUUAUAUAUGUUUAUGUAUGUAAAUGUCAAUGACGGUAUUUUUCAUAGCCAACUGGUACUACAUUUCUCGCUAUAAUAAAUUAUCGUUUUGACAGUGAAAAUAAGUGAUCAGCGAUCAUUCUGCUCUGUUGAAGUGGUCAGAGCAUUCCGCAAGACAUGCGCGCUCGAGCUGAUGUGACGACAUGCCGUGGGGAUUCCCUCAGUAGGCUACUAUUUUUACGUGGUUUCGAGAUGUUGUACAAGCAGUGGCGGUUCUAGCUUGUAUGGCUCCCUGGGCGAACCACCCCCCAAAAUAUGACUCAUAAAUAUAAAAAAUAAGUAUCAAAGACAAAUAGAAACAAAUUUGUGUUGAUUUGGCACUCGAGCAUCAACACAUUACCCAUCCCCCAACACUGCUAACCAAGAGUCAAAACCAAACCAAUUCACCUUGGUGGUGUGCAGACUGGUUUAAUAUUAUUCUUAACGAUUUCGCACAAAACAGAAAAAAAUGCAACAAUAUGUCUGUGUAACUAUAUAUUCACAGUAUUAUGAAUGAAUUGUGGUUUAUUUGGUAGCAUUUCGUAGUGUGUCUGAUUUUACUAAUUGCAUUAGUACUGUACAAAUUUAGAGGUGCGCUAUUUGAUAGGAGGAGCAGGGGAAUCUAUCUCCGGCUCCCAGUUGGGAGAUCUGAGGUCGCUUCCCUCCCCAUCUCCUGCUUCUGAGUGGGAGACCUUCCCAGGCAGUUGCCUGCCUAGCUCACAAACUAGAAUCAGGGCGCCCACUCCGACAAGGUUAAUUGACCCACAGUCCCACACGGUGACAUGCUAUCAUUGACUUGGCGUGCAAAUGAGCGCUAGAAAACCGAUCGCGCAAUUGUCACCAUUCCAAAAAAAUGUGUGUGGGCGCCCCGUGCCGCCCCCGGCAAGAUGCCGCUCUGGGAGGCUGCCCAUGUCGCCUAUACCUAAAUCCGCCACUGUGUACAAGUCUUUAAAAUUGUAUAUUUUUCACUCCCUCAAUGUCAUGUACAAGAAGAUAUGGAGACAAGUAUACGGAUGGAUGACUGAUGCCUGCAUUCUAUGUGGGAAUUAUCUGAACCAACUCGAGUGUCCAGGUUGUAUAGCCUAACCCAUGGGGUCAGAGCGGCUGGAGAUGCGCAAGAGACAGAUGCAAAUGCACCAGGAAGCCGCGGCCAGUGUCCUCCAAUCACAGCACAGGAUGGGGAACAUGCCCACCAACGCCUCCAAUGCCUGUUGUUUCUGCUGGUGUUGCUGCUGCAGCUGCUCCUGUCUGACUGUUAUGACAGAGGAUGAGAGGAUUCAAAGAAGCACCUAUGAGAGGAGGGCAGAGGGAAUUGCAAACUGUGAUGACAGCCCCAAGCCUACUCUGGAGGAUGUGACAAUAUGGACCAUGUCGUUUGAGAGGCUGAUGAAGAGCCCCGCAGGGCGGGGUUGCUUCCGACAGUUCCUAAGGACAGAGUUUAGUGAAGAGAACAUGAUGUUCUGGUUGGCCUGCGAAGAGCUCAAAAAGGAGACCAACAAAACUGUGGUGGAGGAGAAAGUACGACAGAUCUAUGAGGACUUCAUUUCUAUCCUCUCCCCUAAAGAGGUGAGUUUGGACUCACGUGUUCGAGACGUGAUCAACAAGAACAUGCUGGAGCCCACGUCCCACACGUUUGAGGACGCCCAGCAGCAGAUCUACACGCUGAUGCAGAGAGACUCAUACCCACGCUACAUGAACUCGACAGCGUAUGCCGAAUUACUGCAGGGCCUGGAAGAACCACCACCUGCCACAGAGCCAUAGACUUCCAUUCUCCGUCAAUCACUCUACACAUUGCUCUUAGAUGACACUUGUGUAUCUUAGGUCCAGCUUUCAGUUACAGUUCACAUGUUGAUUGAUCAAUAGGCUCUAUUUACAAAAAUGUCGAUAUUAAGGUGUAACUACUGUGUGCUACCUUAAAUAUUGGCUUUCCAAAAUCCUCAAAGCGAGCAAGAACAUACGCUGUAUUCCAAUUCAGAUUUCAAGAUGUUUCCAAAUAUAUUUAUAUUUUUAUAUUGCCUAGCACUUCACAUUGCACUUUUCUAUAGUUUUAUGAGGGAAAAGCAUGUUGUAUCUGUUAGCACUGCCUUUGUGUGUAGUUCUAUUGUCAGACUUAAAUCAUUUUCAUUUCACUUAAUAUUAAGAAGACAUGGGAAAGUGCCUUGGCAUUAGAUCGUUUACCACUACACCUUCAACAUACAGUACCUGUCAAUAGUUUGGGAACACCUACUCAUUCCAUGGUUUUUCUUUAAUUUUACUAUUUUCUACAUUGUAGAAUAGUGAAGACAUCAAAA